CAUUUACUCGGGAGUCCGGUAGUACUAAAGCCCCUUUCACUCUGCGAUAUUCUUCUUAAACCCUAGCCAGUUCCAUUACCCAUCAUUUCUCUCUUCACUUCUUCCACGAACUCUUUGAGCAGCUCUGUUAGUGUAAUUCGUGCUCAAAGACGAUGAUGAGUUCAGUUCUUCUACGGAGAUCCGCUGCCUUAGCGGCCUCCAGAGGUAGAGUUAGUUCUACCUUCUUAGCCCCAAUCGCGAACUUUUUAACGUCUUCUGUGGAUGUUAAUGGCGGUGCUGUACCUGCUGCUGAGUUCGGACGUUUCUCCACUACUGGGGUGACGGAGAGAGCUUUGGGUUUUGGUUUUCAAUCGAUGGGAUUUCACUCGGCUUCUGGGCCGUUGGGUUUUAAGUCGUCGUUGGUUUCCCGGGCGGAGUUUGCGGUGGAGGAAUACGAUGAUGCUAGCAGUAGUAAAAGCGGUGAUGACGGACUCGAGAUUGGCAGUCUCGGGAUCGCGCCGGAGAUUGUUUCUGCUUUGGCGAAAAAGGGUAUAACGAAGCUCUUCCCUAUUCAGAGAGCCGUGCUAGAACCAGCCAUGCAAGGCCGUGACAUGAUUGGUCGUGCUAGAACUGGAACAGGAAAAACUCUUGCUUUUGGAAUACCCAUCUUGGAUAAAAUCAUUCAGUUCAAUGCGAAACACGGAAGAGGAAGGUACCCGUUGGCCCUGGUUCUAGCUCCAACAAGGGAACUUGCUCGGCAGGUUGAAAAAGAGUUUCAAGAGGCUGCACCUAAUUUGGACACAAUAUGUGUUUAUGGAGGGGCACCAAUUUCACGCCAAAUGAGGCAGCUUGACUAUGGCGUUGACAUAGCUGUUGGCACACCUGGUCGCUUGAUUGAUCUUCUCAAUAGGGGUUCGCUUAAUUUAUCAGAAGUCCAGUUUGUUGUUCUCGAUGAAGCAGAUCAGAUGCUUCAAGUAGGCUUUCAAGAGGAUGUUGAGAAGAUCUUGGAGAGGUUGCCUCAGAAACGUCAGACUAUGAUGUUCUCUGCAACAAUGCCAUCUUGGAUCAGAAAACUCACUCAAAAUUACCUAACCAAUCCAUUAACUAUUGAUCUUGUUGGAGAUUCUGAUCAGAAAUUGGCAGAUGGAAUUAGCCUAUUUUCAAUUGUUUCAGAUAUGCGUGGAAAAGCAUCAAUAAUUGGACCUCUGAUAACAGAACAUGCAAAAGGAGGAAAGUGUAUUGUUUUCACUCAAACGAAACGUGAUGCUGAUAGAUUAGCCUAUGCAAUGGCAAGGAACUUCAGAUGUGAAGCUUUGCAUGGAGAUAUUUCACAGUCUCAGAGAGAAAGAACUCUUUCUGGUUUUAGAGACGGACAUUUCAACGUUUUAGUUGCAACUGAUGUUGCAGCAAGGGGUCUUGAUAUACCCAAUGUUGAUCUUGUAAUACAUUUUGAGCUUCCAAACAACACAGAGAUAUUUGUCCAUAGAUCAGGACGUACAGGUCGUGCUGGCAAGAAAGGUAGUGCUAUUCUUAUUUACUCGCAGGAUCAGUCAAGGGCUGUCAGGAUGAUUGAGCGUGAAGUAGGCUGCAGAUUUAAUGAGCUUCCGAAGAUCUCUGUUGAGAGUGGUGCUCAUGUCGAUAUGUUCAGUGGUGGUGGUCAAUUUAGUUCUUUUGGAGGAGGAGGAUUCAGGGAUCGUCGAAUGAAUGAUUCAGGCCGUUUUGGUGGUCAAAGAGGUCCAAGUUUUGGUCGUUCGGCAGGUUAUGAAAAUUCAGGUUUUAGACGUUCCGGUGGCAGGGAUUCUUUUGGGCAAGGGGGCAGAAAUAGUGAACCUAGCUCCGGCGGUGCAGGAUCUUUUGGUAGUUUUGGUUCUGGUCGUUCUGGUGGGUUUGGAGACUUCGGCAGUUCUAGUCGAUCCGGUGGCUUCGGGGAUUUCGGUGGUUCAGGUCGUAGUUCAGGAUUUGGUGACAGAAAUUCUAAAAACUCUGGCUUAUUUGGUGACAUGGAUGCGGAUCAGAGAACUGGGAAAAGACAGUUCUGAACUAAAUUGGGAAACACAACAACAUCACGGGGAAAUAAUAUUGCCAUGGAUUAAUGACAGAAUUCUUUUGAAGCAAGAUUAUACGAGGGGAUUUUGAGGUAGGGCCCUGAACAUGUUCAUCGUUUCUUAUAUUUUCUAUUACGCAUUGAAAUCUUUAUGUAGUUGAUACAAGACAAAUGUUGUAGCCACUUUGAAGGAAAACUAACCUCAAUAUUUGGGAUCAGUUCCUAUGGUCUUAUGUAUAAAUCGUUUUUGAUAUGCCAUAAUAGUUGUAUUCUAUUA